AUGGAACAGAAUAAAGAGGGCAACAAUGUGGCCGAUGACAAUUCUGACCUUCCCACCAAGAAGACAAUUAAUUUUUUCCCUCCAUUAUACAGGCAGCGUUACAGCUUCGUUAACGAUCUAGUGAAUCAACAUAAACCCAAGAAGGUUGCAGACUUGGGGUGUGGUAAUGCUUUGCUCAUACAGACGAUUAAAUCACACAGUUGCCUUGAACUGAUUGUUGGAGUGGAUAUCAAUGAAGAUAAAAUAGUAUCACGAAGGUGUAAGUUGUCUCCGUUCUCCGGGGAUUACCUGAGUCCCCGGGAUCUGAAUUUGUCUAUCAUCUUGUAUCACGGCUCCGCUGUGGAGAGAGACUCUCGUUUGCUUGGAUUCGACUUAGUGACAUGUAUCGAGUUAAUAGAACAUUUGGACUCACAAGACCUGGCCAGGUUUCCCAAAGUUGUGUUCGGGUACCUGUCCCCAGCCAUGGUCGUCAUCAGCACACCCAACUCCGAUUUCAACCCCCUGUUUCCCGUCGUGACCCUACGAGACGCAGACCACAAAUUUGAGUGGAACAGGGAGCAGUUUCAGACCUGGGCCUUAGGUGUGGCCAGUUCCUACAACUACUCCGUGGAGUUCACCGGCGUGGGGGAGCCACCGGAAGGCGCUGGGAAUGUUGGCUACUGCACCCAGAUAGGGGUCUUCCGGAAGAUCGGGGCGCGGGCCGCCACACCGUGCGCCAAGGAGCAGUGCGGCGAGCAUGUGUAUAAAGUUGUUUAUUCAGUUUCGUACCCGAGUUUACAGCAAAAAGAAGUCCGCAAACUCGCCUUAGUGAAUGAGGUGUCUCGACAAGUGCAGAGCCUGAGACAGAGCUACAUCUCGAGCCUGAGUGGACCGCAGAGAGGCGACCCACACCGUCCAGAGGCGAGGGGCAACGGGCUCACCGCCUUCUCUGGACCGGUCUUCACAGAACUGGAAAAACUCAACAUAGAGAAGUCUCCCAAGCCUUUCUGUCUGGGAAAUAAGUUUUACGUGCCGCUGGAAAGGCUCCUUGCGUAUCCCAAGGUGAACCGCUUAUGUGACAACGUAGAGACGAUGAGGGCGCUCCUUGCGGGCUCGGUGAGGCUGAGCAGGGACAGCUCCGCAGUGACGCUGGACCUGCAGGAUGAGAGCCAGUGA